AGUCAUUAUGAGGCACUCUUGACAAGAUAUUCAUCUUGGUAAUCGUCGUGAGGUCUCUACUAGCUGUUAGCAGGCCUCUGCGCCUCGGACUCAGCACUUCAAUCCGUCAUCCACAACGGUCUGCAUUGCUGAUAUCACGCAAGAAGAGCACCAUGUCAGACACUGGCAGCUCGUCCAUCACGGUGCCCGAAGGGUUCACGCUACACACGGAAAACACCUCCCACAUCCUGAUUUCAUCGAAGGAGGAGGCAUUUUUGAAUCCAGUUCAGGAAUUCAAUCGGGAUCUCAGCGUCGCGUGCAUCAGAGUAUGGAGCGAAGAAUCAAAUAGGGAGAAGGAAGCAAAGUGGAAGCAGGCUCAGGAGAGACGAGCAAAAAGAGAGGCGGAAGGAGAGCCGAGGAUGGGACAGCGGAAAGAUCAGAAGAAGGCAAAAACGGACUCUAUUGAGCCGAGCAAUGGUCCAGAGGAUGUUUCACCAGGAGAUGUUCCUAUUAUUGGAAGCACAUCUGAAGGUAACAAACGAGAAGUCACAUACCGGUCCCAUAAGUUCGUGCUGCUGGAGGCAUUGUCGGCAACUGGUUUGCGGUCUAUUCGCUAUGCAAAAGAGAUUCCCCUUGUGAGAUUCGUCAUUGCGAAUGACCUGUCUGCAUCUGCCACUGCUGCCAUGAAGAGAAAUGUAGAACUCAAUGGUCUCGGACCUUCCGAUCCACCUGAGAGCUCGUCAUCUGCAUCCGUAGUAUCGGAACACCAGCCACUCCCUGAUCGCGGAAAGGUGAGAAUUAACGAGGGUGAUGCAUGUGCACUCAUGUACAACCAUCGCACAGAGAAGACGCGUGUCGAUGUUGUGGACCUCGAUCCAUAUGGCACUGCUGCGCCUUUCAUUGAUGCAGCUGUUCAAUGCGUUAACGACGGAGGACUCCUGUGCGUCACAUGCACAGACUUGUCAGUUUUAGCGACGACAAAUUAUUCUGAAAAAUGUUUCUCAAAUUACGGUGGUAUUCCUGUCAAAGCGGAAUACUGCCAUGAGGCAGCUCUAAGACUCGUGUUAAACACAAUGUCAACUUCCGCGGGCCGGUACGGAAGAUACAUUGAACCCCUUCUGUGCCUUUCCAUCGAUUUUUACGUCCGCCUCUUCGUCCGCAUUCAUUCUGCGCCUAUAGAAGUCAAAAAGGCUGCUAGGCAAGUUGCCAAAACAGCGAUGUAUUACAUAUGUCAGGGUUGCCAGUCAUUCUACGAGCAGCCGUUGGGCCGGAUAGUCGAAAAGGCCCAUGAACGAUCCGGUAACGUAAACCUCCUGUUCAAGACUCAAUCAGGCCCCCCUGUCCCACAAAAAUGCACCGAGUGUGGUUCGGCGCUGCAUGUCGCAGGCCCGAUGUGGUCCGGUUCGUUACACAAUAAUGGGUUCAUUUCAAAAGUGCUUGAGCACCUGGAGGGAAAUCAAGAUAAAUAUGGUACCGCAGUCCGCAUGAAAGGCAUGCUGACAGUGGCCAAUGAGGAGUUGCACGUCCCGUUCUACUUUACCCCAUCCCGAAUAGCUGGCUUGUUUCAUUCGGUUUGUCCCCCUUUGGAUGACGUGGCAUCCGCUCUGCUGAAUGCCGGACAUCAUGUAUCACGUUCACAUGCUUUAGCUGGCUCUCUGAAGACCGGCGCAACACGUCAAGAUGUGCAUGAUGUCUUCAGGUCCUGGGUGAAGAAACACCCCGUGAGAAUGGACAAGGUAUCUGAGACCUCUCUCGCAAGGCAAUUACUCGCAAAGGAAGCAAGGCAAGCGCUGGCCAAUUUCACCAGACACGCUCGAUCAGUAACGCAAGCAUCAAAAGUAAAGCUCGUCCGCUAUCAGCAGAACCCAGCGCCCAACUGGGGGCCCGGUACGAAAGCAGACUCCGGAACGAAACGCAAACGCGAUGAGAGAGAUGAAUAG